AUGAAAUUCACUCAAGUCUUCACUUUAGGAUUAUUUGCUUUAUCCACCCAAGCCGCUGCUAUUCCACAAGAAUCAACCACCGAAGUCGACAAAAGACUCGAUGCUGAUGUUGCUGCUCAACUUGCUCUUAACAUUUUGAACCUUAUUCAACUUGGUAUUGGAGCUAAUGUUAAUGUUACUGCUAAAAGAGACGAAUCCGCUGUUACCAUUGAACAAUCUAAGAGACUUGAUGCUGAUGUUGCUGCUCAACUUGCCGGUAACAUCUUGAACCUUAUUCAACUUGGCGCCGGUGCUGAAAUUUCUGCUUCUACCAAGAGAGAUGAAUCUGCUGUUGAUACCGUUGAAGAAUCCAAGAGACUUGAUGCUGAUGUUGCUGCACAAAUUGCUGCUAACAUUUUGAACCUUAUUCAACUUGGUAUUGGUGCUGACGUAAACGUUUCUGCUAAAAGAGAGGAUACCGUUGCUGCUCAAAUUGGUGCUAACAUCUUGAACCUUAUCCAAGCCGCUGUUGGUGCUCAAACCACUGUUGACUUGUAA